AUUUCAAAACCAAAUUUUUUUUUUUUUUUGAGAAACUUUUUUCUUUUUUUUUGAGAACCAACUUAUAACAAGGUGUAGGAUGAAUUUGAUCCUAUCGCUAUGUAGUUACAUUAGUAUUUUUUGGUGAUCAUGAAAAUGUAACGUCAGAUGGCGUGUAGGGAUCUGGAUGAGGAAGUCGCACACAAAAUAACAAUAUCAAUACUUAGCAGACUCUCUACUUAUUCAUGGAAUGCAAAGGCAGUGUUGACACUUGCAGCUUUUGCUUUAGACUAUGGUGAAUUUUGGAUCCUUGAUCAGCUUCAUCAAUCAGACCUACUCGCCAAAUCAAUGGGGAUCUUGAAGGGGGUGCCUACCAUCUUAGAGAGUUUAUGGCUUCUGAAACACAAGAAUGCAAUUGAUGAACUUAGCAACUUGAUCAAGGCAACAUUAGAUGUUGUUGAGUACAUCUUUAAGCUAGAGAAACUACUUAAGAACAAUGUUUUGAAGGAUUUAUCGUCAUUGUCAACAGCCAAGGACAGUAUACCAAUACAUGUUUACUGGGCUAUCAUAACUGUUGUAGUUUGCACAACUCAAUUGUGUUGUCUCAUCAACGAUGAGGACAAGUCACCUGAACUAUUUCCCUUUGCUAAGAAAAUCAAUGUCACACUAAACUUUCUAAAAUCGCAUAUAGAACCUAUUGAGGAGCAAAUACGCUAUCAGAAGCUCGUGGAGGUCAUGGAAAACCCUAUGGAAAUCAUGGUGGCCUUCAAGGAGAUGACUUUCAAGCCACUCAUCAAUGAUGGUUCUACAAACACAGAGAUUGGCAUUGAAGUGGUGAAAACAAAGAAUGUCUUGUUGUGGUUUUCGGGCCUAAACAUCUCAAGUGUGGAUAUUUCAAUUCUUAAGUCAAUUUACGAAGAAAUAAGCAAUGAGGAUCAAUAUAAGAUAGUAUGGAUCCCGAUUGAGGAAAAGUGGACUGAUGACAUGCAAAAGAAGUUCGACAUGUUGCAGUCUAAGAUGCCAACAUGGUACAUAGUGCAUAAUUAUUCAUUCAAAUUAGGCAUCAAGUACGUUAGGGAGAAGUGGCAAUUCAAAAAUAAGCCUAUUGUUGUGGUGAUGAACUCACAAGGGAUUGUGGUACAUUCAGAUGCACUCCGCAUGAUUAUUGUAUCACAAAUGAAUGCCUUCCCUUUCACUACAACGAAAGAAGAAGAACUAUCCAUUGGAGACGACUGGUUUGGAUACUUGAUAUUUGACAAUUUUACAACAAUGACGCAAUCGAUGAAAGAGGAGAAGCACAUUUUCUUCUAUGGAGGCAUGAAUGAAAAGUGGAAAAAACGAUUUAAUGAUAAAGCAUACGUACUGCGUAAAGAUCCAAUCAUAGUGGAUGCCAAGAUUUCCGUAGAGUCAUUUUGCUGGGAAAAGGAAAGUGAUAGCCAAACCUUUUGGAACUACCUACAGAGAUUUCUCUCCACUAUGAUUGACAAGAGGACUGAAUCAGACCCUUUGACAAAGGUAGUCCAAAAGGUUCUUUCCUACAAGACUGAGAGUGGAUGGGCUCUCCUAUGCAAAGGAUUUAAAUUAGUGAGCCACGGAAACGGGACAACAAUUCUACAAGUGUUGGAGGAGUUCAACAAUUGGAAGCAAUUGGUGCCUGAGAUUGGCUUGGUCAAUAGUUUCAAGGAUUACAAGAUGAUUCUUCCGCAAAAGGAAGAACUUUUCAAUGGAGAGGACUGUAUUGGUCUCCAUAUGAUCAACCAUAUUCCAAAAUUACUGACUUGGAUCCAAGAGGGAAAGUACAUUUUCAUCUAUGGAGGCGUUGAUGAAGAGUGGAGAAAACAAUUUGCAAAAAGAGUAGAGGCCCUGACUAAAGAUUAUGUCAUACAACAUGUCAAGAUUUCCAUAGUUUUGUCUUGUGUGGAAAUGGGCUGUAAAGGAAAAGAUGGUCGCUUACAGAAAUUUCUCUCUUCCAGGACUCACAAGAACACUGAGUGUGGAUGGGUUGUGCUGUCCAAAGGGUCUAAAUUAGUGGAUGGUGGAAAUGGAACAACGAUUUUGAAGGUCUUAGAGGAGUUCAACAAGUGGAGGUGGCGAGUGCGUGAAAGCACUAUGUUUGAAAUUUGUUUCAAGGAUUACCACAAGGAGGUUCUUCACAACGGAGAGGAUUGGUUUGGAUACUUUAUGACUGAACACUUUCGAGAACCAAAAUUCUCUACCUAGAUCCAGGAGGGUAAGCACAUUUUCAUCUAUGGAGGCGAAGAUGAAGAGUGGAUCACCCAUUUUACUAAGAAAGCAGAGGCCCUGACUAAAGAUCCAGUCGUACAGAAAGCCAAGAUUUCUAUAGAGUUGCAUCACUUGACAAUGAAAAGUAAAGGGAAGUAUGACAAUGGGAUUGCUGGGCAUUUUUGGUACGAAUUAGAGUUAUUUUCAUACUACAAACCGUGCAUAGUGAGACAAGAGAUUGAAAAGUUGAUUUCGUACAAAAAUGAGAAUUUUGGAUGGGCUGUGUUGUGCAAAGGGUAUAAAUUGAUGGUCAGUGGUAAUGAGACAAAUAUUUUGAAGGUUUUGGAAUUGGAGGGGUUUAAAAGAUAUAUGUAAUUUGUAUUUGAGUUUGGCUUUGAUAGUUUCAAUGAUUGACAUGAAGAAAUUCUUCAAGCUAAUCACCUUUGUUGCCACUUUGACAUCUUGGAGGAUUCUAAAUGAUCUUAGGUUGUGUUUGGAUGACAACAUUUGGAUUUGGAUUUGGAUUUGGAUUUGAAAUCCAUUGAUUUG